CGCGCGGGCCGGGUCUUGGGGAAGGCGGGUGCCGGGGGCAGUGAGAGGCUUCUUCCGCACUAGGGGACAGAGCCCGACGUGGAGGUCGCGGGGCCGCGUGUCCGCCACGUCUCGCUGACCGCGGGCUGCUUCAUCGGGCUUCCCCUGGGCUCUUUCCCUUUCUCGCGGCCGGGCCCCUGAGGGUCUCCCAUUUCUGUCCAGCACCUGUCGUGGGAGGGGCGGGGCACGCCGUUUCAGGGCCUGGGUACCCCCUCCCUGGGUUUUUCUGAGUUGAAUCGGAGGUGGAAGGAAGCGCAGUGUUUGUGCUCCCCAGUGGUCUGGAUGAGGGGAGCUCGCCCCCUGGUGGGAAGCGCCUUUGAAACCCGCUUUCCAAGUAAAGAAAUGGUUCUUCUCUAGUGGUUUCCGUCGGGGGUCACUUGAGCUCUGUUGUUGCCUCACGGAGGCCCACCUUAUGUGGAAAGCGGGGUGGGAUGACGGAGGACGGAAGGCGGGGUGUGGAUGGGUGGGAUUCAGGAGACGUGAUGCGAGGGGCGGAUGGUGAAUGAGGAAGAAGCCGGGAGCAAGGACCGGUCAUGGGGGAAUACCUUAUUUUACAGUGCCUAGGAAAUAUUCCUGGGUCAUAAGUCUCAGAUGUGUGGUUGGUGACUUUAUCUCCAGAUGCUGAGGUGCCUGGGUCCCUGGCGCAGGCAGUUGCUGAGCUGCAGCUGGAGUAGACUGUUCCUUCUGAAGCACUCUCUGUUUACAAUGAAGUUGCAGUCUCCAGAGUUCCAGUCGCUUUUCACAGAAGGCUUGAAGAGUCUGACAGAAUUAUUUGUCAAAGAAAAUCAUGAAUUAAGAAUAGCAGGAGGAGCAGUGAGGGAUUUAUUAAGCGGGGUAAAGCCGCAGGAUGUGGAUUUUGCUACCACUGCUACCCCUGCUCAAAUGAAGGAGCUGUUUCAGUCGGUCGGCAUUCGUAUGAUCAACAACAAAGGAGAAAAGCAUGGGACGAUCACUGCCAGGCUUCAUGAAGAAAAUUUUGAAAUAACUACACUACGGAUUGACGUUGCCACUGAUGGAAGACAUGCUGAGGUCGAAUUCACAACUGACUGGCAGAAAGAUGCUGAACGCAGAGAUCUCACUAUAAAUUCUAUGUUUUUAGGUUUCGAUGGUACUUUAUUUGACUAUUUUAAUGGUUAUGAAGAUUUAAAAAAUAAGAAAGUUAGAUUUGUUGGACAAGCUAAACAGAGGAUACAAGAAGAUUAUCUUCGAAUUUUAAGAUAUUUCAGGUUUUAUGGGAAAAUUGUAGAUACACCUGGUGACCACGAUCCUGAGACUUUGGAAGCAAUUGCAGAAAAUGCAAAAGGCCUGGCUGGAAUAUCAGGAGAGAGGAUUUGGGUGGAACUAAAAAAAAUUCUUACUAGUAACCACGUAAAUCAUUUGAUUCACCUCAUCUAUGAUCUUGAUGUGGCUCCUUACAUAGGCUUACCUGCUAGUGCAAGUUUAGAAGAAUUUAACAAAGUCAGUAAAAAUGUUGAAGGUUUUUCCCCAAAGCCAAUGACUCUCUUGACCUCACUGUUCAAAGUACAGGAUGAUGUCACAAAAUUGGAUCUGAGGCUGAAGAUUUCAAAAGAAGAGAAGAAUCUUGGUUUAUUUAUAGUUAAAAACAGGAAAGAUUUAAUUAAAGCAACAGAUAGUUCAGAACCUUUGAAACCCUAUCAAGACUUCAUUAUAGAUUCUAGAGACUCCGAUGCAACUGCUCGUGUGUGUGAACUCCUCAAGUACCAAGGAGAGCACGGUCUUCUGAAGGAAAUGCAGCAGUGGUCCAUUCCUCCAUUUCCUGUAAGUGGCCAUGACAUCAGAAAAGUGGGCAUUUCUUCCGGAAAAGAAAUUGGGGUUCUCUUACAGCAGUUGAGAGAACAGUGGAAGAAAAGUGGUUACCAAAUGGAAAAAGAUGAACUGCUAAGUUACAUAAAGAAGACCUAAAUUUGAUGAGAGCUGGCUACUAAAAAAGCAGAAACAUUCUGGUAAGACUAGUUUUUUCCCGUCCCCCCUUAGUGAGAUUGAAGAGACUGGAAUAAAAGCCAGCUUAGAGGAUCUCUUCAGAAGAGUAAAGGUCUUAUUUUGUGAAAUAUAAUUGUAUUUCAGGCAUUAAAGGAAAGUCUACCUCCUCUUAAUCUGAUUUAUAUCACUGAACCUUGUAAUUCUUUUGGAAUAGUUCCUACUGAGGAAAAAAAGGAGUUGGCUUCGCUUAAUCUGUCUAGGUUUUUUUUUAAAAAGCGGGUUUUUUUGGUUUGUUUUUGCAUAGGGCAGUACUAAGACUAAUCCUAACACGUGGUAACUAACUGUCUUGAAAAAGGUGUUUCUUAGUAUUUGCAAUGGAAAUACCUGGUUCAGUCUUCUACAACAAUUGUGUAUGAUAAGUGUCGGCUUUUAUCUGAAUUCCAGAAUAAACUUGUGCUUGAA